AUUAAUCCACACACAAACAAAGAGCAUACAUUGUCCAAUCCUUAAUCAUCAUCAUGGGUGUUUUCAUUUCAGAAAGUGAGUAUGUUUCUUCAGUCUCCAUUGGAAUACUAUACAGAGCCAUUGUGCAAGAUGCAAACAUCGUCUACCCGAGAGCUUUACCACAAUUCAUCGAGAGAGCUGAAACUCUCGAAGGAGAUGGAGGGCCUGGAACCAUUAAAAAGAUUACUUUUGUUGGAGGUCUUGGGUCUACUAAGCAGCAUGUAGAUGUGGUUGACAAAGAAAACUAUAUGUACAGUUAUAGUGUAUAUGAAGGUAUUGCUUUGUCAGAUCAACCUCUAGAGAAGAUAUGUUUUGAAUACAAGUUUGUUCCAAGCACUGAAGGAGGAUGCAUUGUGAAAUCAACAACUAAGUAUUAUACUAAAGAUGGUGCUGAAGUUAGUGAGGACUAUUUGGAAGGUGGAAUUCAGAGAUCUGAUGGUUUCAACAAGGCUAUUGAGGGUUUCCUUUUGGCUAAUCCUGGUUACAAUAAAGACAGCAACUAGUUCUGCUUAUGUUGUGAAUUAAUGAGAUCCAUUUAUCUGUUUCUCUGUUGUGUUUUCUGAGUAUGUAGUAUUGCUUUAAGAUUUCAAAUGUGCAUUGUGAAAAGAGUUUGUGAGCUUAUUCAAAAGUGGUUUCUAAACCUCUUAAUAAAGAUUUCAUUAUCCUACUGUUUUUAAAA